AACUACCAAUUUGACAUGUACGUAAACAAACAAAAAUAAAAGAAAAGGCGUGAACAUAAGAGUUCAGUUAUCUACGUUUAAAACCUUUUCCGAAAUACAUUCCUCAAAACUUCAAUAAUGCUGGUGUAGUGAAAAAUCUUGCUUUUUUUUGAGAUUUUUGAUGCUAUUUUGAGUUGUAAUGUUGCGCUCUUCUGUCCCUGGCAAGACCAGCAAGGUUUUGAUAUGUGGCUAUCGGAGCACUGGCAAGACAUCUAUACUUGAACAACUUAUAUAUGGAAAUUUCCCUUGCUAUGCGUAUCCAACAAUUGAAGAUAUAUAUUGUGCACUAGUGAAUACCGAUAGAGGUGUAAAAGAGAAAGUGAGGUUUUAUGAUACUGCAGGAACAGUUCCUGGGCAGCCAACAGAUUUCUUGAAAACAUACAUGACAUAUGCUGAGGGAGUAGUCUUAGUCUAUGCUAUAAAUAGUAGAGAAUCAUUUGCAUUAUUGGACCAAGUCAAAAAAGAGUAUGAUAAAGUUAAAGAAAAAAAGGAAGUUCCAAUCCUUGUUUUAGGGAAUAAAAUGGAUCUACAAAAUGAAAGGCAAGUCGAUACCGGUUUGGCUCAAGCUUGGGCACAAAAAGAAAAAGUGAAAUUGUAUGAAGUAUCAGCCCUUGAUCGAAGAUCCUUAACAGAACCAUUUGUGUAUUUGACAUCCAAAAUGAAUCCACCUCCUAGCAAGUCAUCAUUUCCACAACUAGGAAAGAAAGGAAAAGCAGGAAGUAUCACAAUGGAGCUAUAAGAGUAGAAUGUAUUGUACAUAAAACUAAGAAAGAAAUUAUUUACUAACAGCAAAUGUGCUUUAGAUAUUAAUAAA